AUAGACGAAAACGCUAGCCGUGGUGUACGUGUAUACGUAGUACGGUACUGGUGUCACGCAAAAGUUAAUUUACAAAUCGCUAAUCGCCUGCUGGCCUCGACAUAACAGUUAACACCACGGAAAGGAAAGAAAUGAAGAAGGUUCUAAUCGGAUGGUUGUAUUCUAAAGAAAUCUCUUGAGCAGUAGAUUUUGUAAGAUGCAUCAAUCUAGAGACUGAUAUAUUAGGGAUGAACUUUUCUUGCAGUGAACUACAAUUCAUCCACAGAGAACCUUGACCUUACUGCUCUUCCGAGUGUGUACAUAGUCCACCCAGUAGUGGGUCUUAGUCCUUGAUUGGAAUCUGAUUGCAGCUGAACUACAGGUACAUCUUUUCCUGUUAUGAAUGCUUUUGAUGAUCAUUACUAUCAGCAAACUUAUCUAUGGUAACCUCUCCGCAACAUUCCAGCCAAAAAGAAUUGCCGAGUGCCCCAACAGUUUCCCUCAGUCCUUCAACGGAUCGCAGAAAUCUCAGACAAAAAUUUCCUUCGUUGCCGAAUGCGCAUAUAGAAAACGUAGUGUGUUGAUAACAAUCAACUCUGUACAGGUAUUACAGUCUAGUGAGUGAGCCAGGCAUCCUUGCCACACUGCUGGUGCAGAAUAUUGAAUAAUUACAACCAACGGCAGCUUGUAUACCAUUUAAAACUACAAUUCUUUAUGAAAUAGUCAUUUUGAUUUGAAGAAUGUAGCAAUUCACAAAGAAAUGUGAAACGUUCAGUACUAUGGUAUUGCCAAUUUGCAUUUGUAUCGCUUGUUUACGUGUAAUAUGGUACUAUUGAGAAUAAUCUGCUAAUUAAUUGCCAUUGAAUAUUGCUUUUAUUGUGCCCUUUAUAAAUUUUGACAUUGUUUUGUAUACAGCUGUAUACCAUUUUGAAGAAAGUACAUACACUUUGCAUUACGGGUCAAUCAUGAUUAUAACGCGUAGUAGCAAUACCAAACCAACUGUUACAGGAACUUCAAGGGUAAAGCGCAAGUCCAUCCACAAGUCUGUUUGCCCUUGCUGUCGCGAACCUGACGUGAAGGCCACUCCGAAAAAGCCAAAGGUUGUUAGAAAAGUUAAGAAGAGAUCUUCUCAUUGCAGUGUUUGUGGGGUGGAUUUUUCUAUUCACACUAACCUGAAGAGGCAUAAGAGAGUCCAUACAGGUGAGAAGCCAUUCCCUUGCCAACAAUGCCAGAAGAAAUUUACCAACGAGGCCAACAGGACAAGACACGAAAACGGCCACGCGGGACUGAAGCCAUUUAAAUGCGACGAGUGCGGGAAAACAUUUUCCCGCAAGGAAGGGCUGGCAAACCACGAGAGGAUUCAUUCCAAUUCCCGACCUUACGCGUGCAAGUAUUGCCCAAGGACUUUCCGGCAUAGGUCCCACGUGUGUGCCCAUGAACGCUUUCACACGGGUUUCCGUCCGUUUAAGUGCGAGCAGUGCGGUAAGUCCUUCACACAGAAUGCGGACCUGAAGGCGCACAUGCGCGUCCAUACUGGGGAACGACCUUUCCCGUGCUCUGUCUGUAACAAGUCGUUCACGAGACGACCGAUUCUGAUUCGGCACCAGCUUAUCCACACAGGCCUCCGUCCAUACCACUGCAAGGAAUGCGGGAAGACGUUCCUCCAAGAUACGCACCUGAAACGCCACGCCAUCAUCCACACGAAGGAGAAACCUUUCCAGUGCGAGCAGUGCGGGAUGCGCUUCAACGUCAAGUCCAACCUCCGUGCCCACGAACGCCUCCACCUGGGGUUAAAGUUCACCUGCGACAUAUGCGGGAAGGAGCUUCAGCAUCGUGCGUCCCUCAUCCAGCACCGGCGCCUGCACACUGGGGAGCGUCCCUUCGCCUGUAACUACUGCAUGAAGACGUUCAACUCCAGCACUCGCCUCAAGCAACAUGUCCGGCUGCAUACUGGCAGCAAACCAUAUGCCUGUGACAUCUGCGGGAAAGCAUUCCGUACUAGCAGUGAUCGGGUGGUUCACAAGCGUAUACACAGUGGCGAGAGACCAUUCUUGUGUAGUGGAUGUGGAAAAGGCUUCAUCAAAACCAGUGCGCUCACAAAACAUAAGAAAUUCCAAUGCGAUGGAGUUUGAUCGUAAUGUAUGUGUGCUUUAAAGGAGAAUGAAACCCUGGGAACAAGUUUAAAAGUUUGAGGAAUAAAGAACAAAUAAUACAGUUAUGAACAUUUCAGUGUUGACGUCCCUGAUGAUGUGGACAUCGUCCCAUUGGCAGCGUGUCCUGAUUGUGUGACGUUACACUUGUACAACUCCCCAAUUAAUUUUCUGCAUAUUUUACCUCAAUCGCCAGUUUGGUCAAGUCUGUUUCUAGAUAUGGAUCCCUGUAUCACAAAGCUUAGCAAUCAUCGUAGAUUAUUUUUCUGCGAUUAAUUGCAUUUACUACAGUGUACAAUCAAUGGUGAAAAUCAGGUGUACGAUUAAUUUUAACCUUUGUGUUACGGGACCCAGUGUUUACUAUCAUGGAGGGACAUCAUGAGAGGUUUCAAAUCAUAUCGUGGAAUGACGAAGAAAUUAAAAAAAUGAGCAAAGGUUAAUGUUGUGGAGCGUAUUUUCUGUGUACAAAGGGGAGAGUUGUACUUUGCUAUCCCAAAUCUUGGUCGCAUUGCCAUUGGGAGGAUCUCCAUCGCAUUAGUGAUUAUGAAAUUUAAAUGUGCAGAACUUUCUUAUACCGUAAGUCCAAUUGUUCUCAAACUUUUACUUACGUUAUUCUUUGAUUUUUUUUUCAUGCAAGUUAAGGUUGUUUGUUGGGUUUCAUUCUCCUGGGUGCUGUUGCGUAGACUUGUAAUGAUAACAAAUACACAAUUUCUAUAUCAAAUUUACCAUCAGCCAAUCAUAUUGCAUGAUUUCAGUAGCCUUUAACAAUUACUGCAAGUAUGUUUUGUAACAAGUUUUAUGAAACAGGGUCCUGGGUCUCAUUUCAUAAGGAUUAGUUAUGAUAACACAUGAACAGUUUCUAUAACCAAUUUACCAUCAGCCAAUCAGAUCGUUUGAUUUCAGUAGCUUUUAACUGUUAUGUCAAAUUUGUAUAUUCUACAAGAUUUAUGAAAUGGGUCCCGUGGUGUGCAAUCAAUUUCCAACAAUGACAAUCUCUGUUCAGGAAAUAAUUGAUUUUUAGUCGGCCUAAAAAAUAAAAGUAAUACAUGUAUCUACAUGUAUAUAUCUAAAAAUUGUGAUUGAGACAAAGUCACCUCUAGCCGCCCCCUCCCACCAGAAAAUAUUUCAAGUGUUCAAGUUGUGCCAUGUUUUAGAUAUUUAAUUGUGGAGUCAGGUGAUAAAAUGUUACAUUCAAUAUAGUUUGUUCUUGUGGGCUCACCGAACAUUUAUAGCGUUGUUGUCUACAUUCAACUCUCAGCAUGAAGGAGUGCGUUUUCCGGUGGGCUUCACUUUUAAGCACAACUGUACAUAUACAUCUUCAGGAAAGAAGUUUUACCCAUUGAAAGCAACUAAAGCAUUUUGAGAGGAAUGAUACCUUUUUAGCUGCUUGGUACAUGCCAUUAAUUUAUUGUUGUUUGCGAUAUGAAUGCAUUGUGUAGUAAAUCAGUGUGUUAUCAUUUGCAGUUACAAACAUAACAAGACAGGUUAUUUUCAUUCGGUCCAAUGCCAACUCGUCCGAUUGCCAACUCAUCUUCUAUCAUUUGGUCUACCAUCAGUUCGUCCAAUAUCCACAUUCUCUAAUUGCCAUUUUGUGCCAUUUCGUCCACUCACCAUUUGGUCUAAUAACCAGUCGGUCUAAUAUUCAAUUAGUCCAUAUACCAUUUGGUCUAAUUAGCCAAAGUGUUAUUUGGGUAAAAUGAAUGAAAAUAGAAUGAAUAUUAGACCAAAUGGUUAUAAGACGAGCUGGUGAUUAGAUGAAGUGACAAUUGGACCAAAUGGUUGUUAGACAAAAUGUAGGUGGACAGAAUGGCAUUAAACUAAAUGAAGUUAGACCAUGUGGUGAGUGGACGAGUUGGCAGUGGACGAAUUGGCAAUUUACCAACAAGACUGCACUGCUGAGCAUGUUGCAUUAUGGGUUAGAAACCAGGCCAGACUUCAGCAGUCGAGCCUUCUGGUUCGCAUUUGCUUUAAUAACUCAGAAAUUCCAUAUUUUUUUGGACGAAAUGAGUCUUGUUUGCAAACCCUGUAGUGUUAUUAAAAAAAUCAUGAAAAGGUGGAAAAAGCAAGUAUUUUGGUGCAGAUUACAUAGCUCAUUAUGGAAUAAGUGAUUAAUGACUCUAGGUAGAUAAAUCUCAUUAUGAUCAUGUAUUAUUGUUAUUAUUGCUAAUUAUUACCAUAAUUGCCAUUCAUUAUUUUCAUGGUCAUAGAGAAAAUAAUUGACUUACUAUUUUGUACUAUUACAUAUAAAUGUAUGCGUGUCAGUACUUCAGAUUGUGUGAUGUUACUUGUACUGCUCAACUAUUCUGUUCGAUGUACUACAAAUGAUAUAGUACUAUUGAUUAGCGACAUUGAUAUGUUCAUUCAGUUGUUACGUAUGAAAGAUGCAGUUUUAAGGUUUCAAUAGACCAGUUCGGAGUUACCGCAUGGCAUGGGCAAUUUUGGUCAAAUGACCUUUCAUUUCUUUCAUUAUGAUAAGCAGAUUUCAAAGCAAGAUAUUAUGUAAGCAUGCCUUACGUAGCAGGAUGAAGAAAUGGAAUAGACCAAGUGACUAGAAUAGCACACCAAUUAACACUACAUGAAGGUAUUUGUUGCAUUUCUGCUAUGAAUGCAUUAGAAUGUUGCUAUAAAAAUGUACUUGGCCAACUGUGAAAUACCAGUCGCUAGUGGGGACGCAUUGUUGUUUUUUGUGGAUCUGAUGAAAAACACAAAAAAAAAUAUGAAUAAUCAAGACUUCAAAGUUGGUGCUUAUCUCAUUAAAUAUUAAAUUACCAUGUCACUUUAAUAGUACGAAUGACCUUCUUCUGAUCAUGCACAGAGUGGAACUCGGAACUGGCUUGUUGUGAUGCCAUUUAAAGUCAAGUACUUUUUAAGAAAGGAGUAAUAUUGGAUGAUAAAUGAAUACAACAAUACCAUUUUUGCAGAAGUUCAAAAUGCAACGGGUGAACUUCAGCCUUUGACGGUGCUCUGCGAUGCUGCUGGUUUUGUGGGAAAAAUAUAAAGGGAAUUUUUUUAAAGGGAAAUAUUUUCCAUUCAAUUUGAAAACAAAGCAUGGAUAAUAUUAAGCACAGGAAAAAAUUACCAAAGCCAUUCUUUUAAUGUGUCCUGAAUAUCUUUGCUAAGUAUUGUUUGAUAAAAGUUUUAAACUGUCAGUUUGUGAUGAGAAAAUAAGAAGUCUUAUUGUAAAUUGUUUUUAUUGUAAUUGCUUUGCUUGAAUUUAAUAACCAGACGAUUGCAUAGUCUUCAUCCUGUAAAGUUCUUACAUAGCAGCCUUUACCAUAUGAGUCGAAAAGUAAAGAUCCGGGGCCCCGUCUUACAAAGAGUUGCAAUUGGUCCAAUCAACCACAACUAUGGAAAGCCAGCAAUGUCAACAUCUAAAAUACAUGUUUGUUUAAAAUGUUUUCUAAAUAUGAUGUAUAUUUUUUAAAUGUCAGUAUGCUUCUCUUUGUUUACAAAGGACAUUGUUCAGAUUUCCUGAAGAAAAAAAAAAUGACAUGAAUGGAUUUCCAUAUACUUGAGGUUGAUCGGAUCAAUCGUAACUCUUUGUAAUACGGGGGCCCAGGGCCCCAUUGCAGAGUAAAUUUGCCAACCAAUGGUAGCUACCAUUGUAACAAUGCAAAUCGACCAAUCAGAAUCAAGGAUUUCAGGGAAGUUACCAUUGGAUGGAAAAGUUAUAAUAAUGGUAACUUUUAUGCAAUGGGACCCAUGGGGAAAAAACAAAUAACACAGGGCUUGGGGCGAAUGAUAUGCACAACUCAGUGACUAGCAAAUGAGUCAGUCGAUGGUGUCCAUCACUAACUAUUUCUUUUGUUUUUUUUAUUGUUUGAAUUGUACAAUAUUUCCUUUUUUACAGAUUUGACAAUGAGGACAAACUUGACUGAAACAUAUAGUAUAAAAAAAAAAGCUAAUUCCACAUGUUCAGGGAGAAAUUAACCAUUGUUUCACUUGACAAUGAGAAGAAAAUUCGAAUAUUUCACGUUUCAUAUAACAAAAUACAAAAGAAAUAAUGAGUGGAUGACGUCAUUAGUCUCCUCAUUUGCAUACCGACCAGGAUAUGUGCAUUAUGCAUAUAACUGUUUUGUGAAAUUAAGCGAAACUUUAAAAUGUCAUAACUUUCUUAUUUUACAUCCGAUUUUGAUGAAAUUUUCAGUGUCAUGCUAGUUUGAUUUUUUUCUUUUUAUUCAAAUCAGCUUUUUAUUGGGAGUGGACUUGUCUUUUUAAUUAUGUUUGUCAUAAUUUUGUUGUGUAUUUGCAACCCUCUAUGAUAUAUGAUAUUUAAAGUAGGACUAGUGGAAAAAUGGGAAAAGAGAGAGAAGUGGGAAGGAAUAAAAUAAAUAAGCAUGUCAGAAUGGGAGGUCUGUUCCAUGUACAUGUAAUCCUCCCAUUGUUCAAUGGUGAAAGAAUAUGACGUCACUUUUAGGCUGUCUUCCCCCCGGCCCCCCCUCCCUUCCAUGCCCUUGAAAAUAUCAUAGCGCCACCCAGGCUGCUCCCGACGUAGCUUUGUCAUUAGAAACCAACAAUUAGAGCAAGUAAUUACCAUGAUUGGUUGCUGCCUCGCCCACUCUUCUACACUGUGCACUCUCGAUCUCAUGAGCAACAAUCGGUCUAAACUUGAUUGACAUUGUAGGCCUAUGUUUAGGGUUCCAUGACAUUUGCUCUGUUGUUCCGAUGGAAAUCUGCACGUUAAAUUACAGUAGUUGCAGUAAAACACUAAUUUCGUGAGAAAGUCUGUAAAACCAAGGUUAAGUAUGACUAUAUCAUCGUGGAUCUAGAUCUGGUACAGUUACAUAAACUGAACUUUGUGAAAUCAUAAAAUCUAAGCUGAAAUACAAUCACACUGAAGAUCGCCAACACAGAUAGGCACACGUGGGACAGUGUAUUAUUAUUGCUGGAAUAAAGACCCGACGGAAGUGACCGAAUCCGCGCUUAUUUUGCUUAUUUCUCAGCAAUUACACAAUUUCUUCCAGAAUCCUUUGGCACAUAUUUUUUAUUCAUACAAACAGACACUUGGGUGGUCAUUAUAUUAGAUUCUGUAAAAAGUCAUUUUGAGAUCGUUACCAAAACUGGAAUCUACCUUUAAGCCAAACAUAAAGUCUCACCUACAAAACUAAAUAAACCUUAAAGGACAAGUCUACCCCAACAAAAAGUUGAUUUUAAUAAAAAGAGAAAAAUCCAACAAGCAUAACACUGAAAAUUUCAUCAAAUCGGAUGUAAAAUAAGAAAGUUAUAAAAUUUUUAAGUUUCGCUUAAUUUCACUAAACAGUUAUAUGCACAUCCUGGUCGGUAUGCUAAUGAGGAGACUGAUGACGUCAUCCACUCACUAUUUCCUUUGUAUUUUAUUAUAUGAAAUAUUCUAAUUUUCUCCUCAUUGUCCUGUGAAUUCAGUAAAGUUUUAUUCCUACCUGAAUAUGUGGCAUUACAGUUGUUAUCAUGCAUAUUUCAUUGUUCAGUUAAGUUUGUCCUUGAUGUCAAAUUGGUAAAAAUUGAAAUAUUGUAUAAUUCAAACAAUAAAAAACAAAAGAAAUAGUGAGUGAAGGACAUCAUCGACUCUUUCAUUUGCAUGUCACUGAGUUGUUCAUAUAACUGUAUUGUGAAAAAUAAGCGAGAUUUUAAAAUGUCAUAACUUUCUUAUUUUACAUCCGAUUUUGAUCAAAUUUUCAGCAUUAUGCUUGUUUGAUUUUUUUCUAUUUAUUCGAAUUGACAUCUUUCUGGGGUGGACUUGACCUUUAAUGCUCUACCUUUUUCUGAACCGAAAACUCCAUUGCAAUUCUAACUCUAACCCUAUGCCCUCUGAGAUGUUAAGGCCGGAGCAAAUGUAGCUAAUGUCGUGUCACCGUAUUUAGAUUAUGCCUAAUAUUGAAUGUUUGAUCAUUUGUUGACGUUUGUUACCCUUUUUUAUCUGGAUGUUGUUUUGUUAUUAUGUACAGUAUAUUACUGUCAGAAUCAUUUGAAAUAAAUAUUGUGUUAAUUGGAAGGAA